AUGAGAGGCACAAAGGGUUAUGAGCCACGUUCAAGCUCAUCUUGUGCAGCUUGCAAAUUACUAAAAAGAAGAUGCACACCAAACUGCCUAUUUGCACCUUACUUCCAUUCAAACGAGUGCAAGAAAUUCGCCAAAGUCCACAAAGUAUUUGGAGCAAGCAAUGUUAGCAAAAUACUCAUCGAAGUCCCAGAAAAACAGCGAGAAGACACGGUAAAUUCUUUGGCUUAUGAAGCAGAGGCAAGACUUAGAGACCCAGUUUAUGGAUGCAUUGGUGCCAUAGCUUUGUUGCAGAGAAAGAUGAUGGAGCUUCAACAUGAUCUCGACAUUGCUAAAGAUCGUCUUGCUCACUGUCGCGCUAUCGCUGCCACUGCCACUGCUACAACCACCGCCGCAAUUCCGUCUAUCGAUACUGUUACUUUGCCUCCAUUUCCUGAGUUUUCAACUUCUAAUGAUCUCAGUGAUAUCUUCUGUCAUGGCUCUUCUUCUCAAUUAUCGACCCGGCUUGAAACCGUCGACGAUUUUAAUCAAAUUCCAUAUAUAUUUUGA